AUGCCACAAUCUACUGCCUCCAGCAACAGCAACAGCUACAGCUCAACCAACUCUUCUUCACCCUCCUCUCGCCCAUAUGGGUCUUAUCUCCUUUCCCGUUUUCCUCAUCUUCGCACGCCUUUGGCGAGUGACUUUGAGGCAUUUGCCUUCCAAACUACCACAAAUACUGUUUCUUCAGGCUCCCGCACUCCUUGUGAGAGUGAAGAAAACAUUCCCUUAGUGGUAGGUACUCCUUCCGGUGCUCCUUCUGGUACCUCUUCUGGUGCCUCUUCUGGUACUCCUUCUCGUACACUUUGUGGUACUCUUUCUGGUACCUCUUCUGGUACCUCUUCUGGUACCUCUUCUGGUAUCUCUUCUGGUUCUCCUUUGAGUACUCUUUUAGGCGCUUCUUCCAUUGUUCCUUCAAAAAGAGUCGCUGAUUUUGGUGAUGACAGAGUUGGCACCGCCUGUAAACGUGCUUUUUCAUUUCCUAGAGAUUCAAGCAAUGCUUCUGACAAUGUGGGCUUUUUUGAGGCUCUUUCUUCUGGUUCUGACCAGUCUUGCUCUUCUUACGAAAGAAUUGUUGGUGGGCAAUAUGCUCUUUUUGGACAGGCUGCUAGUUGUUCAAGACCUGAGGUUUGUUCCGGAUCACUUGUUAGUGAUUCUGAUUGCGGGGUUGUCUCAGAGGUGCCUGUUUGUUCGUCUGGUCAUUCUGCUCCUCCCAAAACGUCGGAUGCGGCUGAUCAAGGCAGUAGUCCUUCUAAAGCAGCUGACAAAGAAUCCUCUGAUCAUUUGCGUAAUUACUGA